AUGGAGCCCCGGUGCCCGCCCUGGCUGCAGCUGUGCCCCCGGCCGUGCCGGCUGCUGCUCCACGCUCUGUGCUCCGGCCCCGCCGGGGCGAUGGCCGCGCUGCGGGUGCUGCAGCGGGGCCAGCCCCGCCAGGGACCGGGGCAGGCGUUCCCCUGGCAGGCUCUCACCGCAGCCCUGUGCGCCGAGGAGCCCUCGCUGGAGGAGCCGAAUGACACCCUGGCUGUCAAGCCACGGCUGCUGCUGCUGCCCGUCUUGUGCCAGAGAAACCUCUUCUCCCUGCUCCUCGUGGUGCAGGAUGCAGUGCCAGGGGACUGCCUUCUCCGGCUGCUCCAGGCCUUGGAACAGGAUUCCCAUGUGGAUCCCUGGGUGCAGGCACUGGGGGAUCUGCUCCGGCGGGGACCAAGGGCAGAGGAGGGCCCCUCACUUCCCACUGCCCUGUCUUCCACAUGCCAGCAGCAGCUUAGAGGCCUGUGCCAGAAAAUUACCCAGAAGAAACCAGAGGGGCAAAGAAAAUUGAACUGGUGCUUCAGCAAGCAGCCUGUUGCCCCUGACUCUGUGCCUCAAAGUGGGAAGCGCAAGAAAGUGCUGGAGGAGAGCCUGGAGUUGGACAGUGAGAGACAGGGGAAGAGGUUGUUGCUGGAGGAGGUGGCAUUUGAGCCCCUGGGCCCCCAGGAAUGUGGAGAUGUGGCAGGGGUGCAAGAGGAGGUGCCCGAGGAGCCUUCAGGGGACACAUCUGCUCAGAGCACAGACAAGGCUGCUCCUGACAGCUCCCAGCAGGAUGCAGCUGGGGAGCUCAGGAAGAUUUCCCAGACAGAGCUGGCAGCAGAGGUGCAGUCCUUUGUCCAGGUGCAUGGACAGGGGCUGAAAAUGCUGCUGCUGCAGGAGUCCAGUCACUCCGAGCUGCGCACCCCACCUGAGCUGAGCAUCCUGAACAACUGCUCCCCCAGCCAGCUCGAGGGGCUGUGCUCCUUCCUCCAGCUCUCCACGUGCCCAGAGCCCUCCCUGGUGCGUUUCUGUGGCUGGCUGCUGGCUCUGACCCCUGACCUCAGCUACACCAGCGCUGCCAUCCUGGCAGAGCAGCUCUUCCUUAGGCGAGUCCUGUCCCUCACCCAGCCACCUUCCCGACACCUCAUGGCUGCCCUCACUUCGUUUUGCUCCAAGUAUUCCCACCCCUUCUGCCGUGUGCUGGUGGCUGCGGUGCUGCAGGAGCCAGGGGAAGGGGCUGAGCAGACCAAGCUGAUGUGCGAGCUCGUGGAGGAGUGCCUGGAGCCCCACUCUGUGCAGGUGGUGCUAAGCCAAGUCCUGGAGGUGCCUUUGUCAGAGAAACUCCUGCCAGUGCUGCAGGCUGUGCUGGGGCGGCAGGAGGUGCUGCCCCCUGAGCUCUUGGAUCUCCUGGUGCUGACUCUGUGCCAGCAGGCCCCAGCCUUUGCCACGUCCCUGAGUUUUGCCAAGCUGGUGACAGCUGUGCUCACGGUGCAUCAGAGCCAGGUGACCCCAGCUCAGCGGAGCAGUCUGGCUGCUGUCCUGGAUCGGAGCAAUGCAGCACUGAAGAAAUCACUGCAGGCUGUGCUGGAAGGGGCCAGGUGACCACCAAAAGGGCUGGUGAGGUGACAGCUUCCUUGCGUGGAGGACACUCAUUGCACAGCAGCAGCCACAGCCACCCCUCACUGGCUUCCCCCUGGUGAGGUGGGACCCUGACAGGGGGGUCUGUUCCCCACAGUGCCCAGGGCUCCCCCAGCACCUGGUUGUGAGGGGGCUCUUGCUGGGCAGUGCCGUCUCAGCCCCCCACACUCCCUGGGGCUUGGAGGGGUCUUGGUUGAGCAGUUAAUGUGUUUUCAGGGGUUUCUGUACCUGUUCUCCCUCGGGCCUGCUACACUCAACAAGGUGACCAGGCAGGGCUGCUGGGGGCCA